AUGCAGGAAUCAGAGUCAACUCCAGCAGCAACCCAUCUGGCCGAGUGUCCAUUUACGUCUCUCGUCUCGAGUGAGCUACAGCGUUUAAACAUUGAACAAAAAUGCUUUCGUAGAAGACCCACUAGCAACCGCCUGCCAAUCACGCUUUUUCUCGGUGAUAUGCUGGGACGACUGCACCUUUGGCGGCGCUGUGGCCAAAGUCGACUGACCUUCAAAAAAGAACAACGCGCCAUCGGAAAGGGCAUGAACGAGGUUUUACAAAGAGCUCUGGCUUUUACGUUGCGAAGACAGGUGGGACGUCUGACCUCAUGUCUGCGAGGUAUGUUGGAGCAGGGCCUGGGCGAGGCUGCCAUACGGAAGAACCUGAUUGCGCCCCUGCCAAGCCAACUUAUUCGACUGCCCUCUAGCCCCUCCGUUGUCUACGCCGAGUGGCUUGCCUGUUUCACAAGUCAACUGGCAGUCAAUGCGAUCGAAGACGAAUCUGAUCCCUUCGCUGACCUCAACAUGAAGUGCUUCGCUGCCCUGGUUGGCCACCACGCGCUGGUUACCUGUGCAACCAUAAUCCCAGAAGGCCAGAUUGCCAACUUUCCUGUCCUGAUAACGAGUGGCUGGGAUCAACGACUGUGUUUUUGGCGCCUACCUCGCGGCAACCUUGUCAGAGCAAUCGAGGCCUCAAUGGGAUACACAGAAGGUCAAUCGCUAGGGAGGGAUGACGAAGAAGCAGUGAAUAAAGACAAUGCGAAGGAGAAUGCAAUAUUGGGUCUGGAUUAUCACGUGGAGAGUCGUACAUUAGCCUACUGCAGCGCCAAUAGCCAGGUGUAUUUGCAAACGUUUGGCAAAACAUUGGCCCACUUUGACGAACCAGUCCGCAUACUUCGUGGACAUAGCAACGAAGUUAAUGCGAUUUGUUGGGCGGAGCUCGAAACGUCAUCCAACCCGACCCUUUUCUCAGCGUCUGAAGACGAGGGCAUUCGCUUCUGGUUUCAUGGAGAAGAGGACCUCCAGCCCUUCGUCAACGCAGGAGGAUCAGUGACAAACCUCCAUUGGGACAGCACCGCAAAUCUUUUGCUAGCUUCGGUGGAAAACGUAGUCAAGUACGAUGUUUUAAAAACCACUCACCCCUCGUAUUCUUCCACGUCGUUGUCCUCAGAAAUAUUAAUCGUUCCUUCCUUUAUUUUUGCGCAAAACGUUUCGCAACGCGUCACUUAA